AUGCCUCCAACAGAUCUCUGUACCGAAGCUGAAUCAAGUACAGUAUAUUCAUUUGGCAGUCCGUUGAGUAUGUCUUCACAACACAAGCCCUUAGGCAUCCAAAGUCAAGAUGACUAUUUGAGGCUGAAGAUGGUGUACAAGGUGAAGAAGCAAGAGUACGAGAAGUAUGUGUGCCAUUUAUGGUUGCAACGAGCACAAGCAGAGAACGAGAAGAAUAUGAGGGCGAUGCAACAGUACUUCCAGAAGUAAGUUAUGAUAGAUACAGUACGUAAAAUUAAAAAGUCUUCGAAGGCAGAAGAUGUUUAAAAAUGUUGGUGUACUUGGUAAAUCUUGUCUUUCAGUUCUACUUUCUAUUGCCAUAAGAUAUUAAAAUAAAGCUAUAAACAGUUAUAAAUAAGUUAACUUUUCAGCAAACAGUCACCGUACUCUCAGUAG